AUGGUGAUGCUGGAGGCACUGGCUACUGUGGAGCCUAAUACUCAGCUGUCAUUGGCAGCACCUGCUUUUAAUGCAGAAGCGAUCUCAAUGGCAUCAAACUCUGCCUUUCCUCAGCAUUCAAGCAGCAAAUCAAGCCCUUUGGGAAAUGAAGAAAGAAAAUGGAUGAUGCACUACAUAGCCCCAAGCGACGUUGAAGCUAAGCAGGAAGAAAUGUCACCUUACUCCCUGCUCACUGUAAGAAUCAUAAAGUUGACAAAUGCUCAUCAGGCAGAUUUUUUAAGCCAACCUGAUUGCUACGUGAGCCUCUGGUUGCCAACUGCUUCAGAUGAAAAAUUCCACACCAAAACCAUCAAAGACUGCAGAAAUCCCAUGUGGAAUGAAACUUUCUACUUCCGGAUCCAGAGACAGGUCAAGAAUAUUCUGGAAAUUACUGUUUCUGAUGAUGACGUUGUCCAUGAUGAUGACCAGGCAAUUGUGCUUUUUGAUAUAGCUAAAAUCCCUCUUGGGGAAAAAGUGUUUAUGACAUUCCCACUAAAUCCACAGAGGAGGGAGGAGCUGGAAGUUGAGUUUGCAUUGGAGAGCAUACGGGAUCCUCCUGAAGACAUAAUCACAAAUGGGGCAAUAGUGUGUCGUGAAGUAGCCUGUUUGGAAGUUCAUGUGGACUGCAGGAUGAAAAAUAAGCAUUUUUCAGAGAAUGAGCUAACAUUUACAGUGAGAGGAUCCUUCGAAGAAACCCAGAGAGUUUCAGUGAGCUGCAACUCCUGCUUCGCUCUCUCAGACCCCACUUUCUUCCACUAUGCCAAAUACAAGCAACCAUCCCUGGAAGUUGCACUCAGAAAGAAGAGGAACCUUUCCACCUUUUGUGCUUGCACGUCAUGCGGAUCAAGGAGGAGAAGCGUCCCCCUGACGCUCCCUCUGAAGUCGCUCCCCUCUGAGCAGGAAGUAGUUGGCAAGCACAGAAAAUUUGAUUUGCAUUUCAAGGUGAAAAAAUGCCAGGAAGACUUAGACUUACGCCUGGGCUUUGGCCUGUGUGCCCAGGAACAGGAUUUCAUUCGCAAGAGGAAGAAAGUGGUUGCAGCAGCUCUGAAGGAUAUUCUCCAGCUGGAGGAAGACUUGCAGGAUGAUGAGGUACCUGUGGUGGCAAUCAUGACAACAGGUGGUGGAACCAGAGCUCUGACGGCCAUGUACGCUCACCUUCUCAGUGUGCAGGAACUAAACAUCUUGGACUGUGUCUCAUACAUCACUGGUUUAUCUGGCACAACAUGGACCAUGUCAAACUUGUACGAAGACCCUGACUGGUCCCAAAAGGAUCUUAAGGAAACACUCAAUGACGUCAGAAAGCAUGUGCUCAAAAAUAAGUUCUUUGCUUGUUUUUCUCCCAAUCGCCUGAAAUACUAUUUGAAAGAGUUGUGCCAGAGGGAAAAGGAAGGACAUCGAAUAUGUUUCACAGAUCUGUGGGGACUCAUCAUUGAAACCAUGUUACAUGAAAAGGAGGACUCCCAUAAGCUCACAGAUCAGCAGCAGGCACUAAAUCAGGGUCAGAAUCCCCUGCCCAUCUACCUCUCUCUCAAUGUGAAGGAUAAAAUCAGCGACCAGGAUUUUAGAGAAUGGGUGGAAUUCACCCCUUAUGAGGUAGGAUUCCCAAAAUAUGGCACCUUCAUUCGUGCUGAAGAUUUUGGGAGUGAGUUCUUCAUGGGUCGCCUGAUGAAGAAAAUGCCAGAAUCCAGAAUCUGCUUUUUGGAAGGGAUCUGGAGCAGUGUAUUUUCCUUGAAUCUUAUGGAUGCUUGGUAUAUAUCUGUUCAUUCAGAAGAUUUCUGGCACAAAUGGACCCGAGACAAAAUUACUGACAUAGAUGAUGAAACCCUAUUCCCUAGAAGACCAAAUGAGCUGGAUACUCGAGUGGUUUGUCCCACUGACAGCUUUUCAGACAUUUUCCGAGAUGUUGUCAUGUUACGUCCAGCAGCUUCAGAAAUCCCUAACUUCCUGAAAGGCCUCCAGAUGAACAACAGCUACCUAGAGAGCAAGUUUUCCAAAUGGAAAGACUGUGAGCUUGACUCUCAGCCCAAUCACCUGACAGCAGCAACAGACUACCUCAUCCUGAUUGAUACUGCAUUUGCCUUUGCUACCAGUUACCCACCCCUCAUGAGACCGGAAAGGAAAGUGGAUGUCAUUUUGCAUUUCAACUACAGUUCAGGUUCCCAGACAGGGCCCCUGAAAGAAGCCUCUAAAUACUUUGCAAAGCAGGGAAUUCCUUUCCCUACAAAGGUGCCAGAUGACCAAGAAACCCCACAUGUGAAAGAAUGCUACAUUGUUGGUGACAAGGAGAGCCCAGAAACACCUAUUGUGAUAUUCUUCCCGCUAGUAAAUGACACCUUCAGGGAGUACAAAGCACCUGGUGUGAAACGUAGUCCCUCAGAGAUGGCAGAAGGUGAUGUUGAUGUUGCAGAUUCCUGUGGUCCAUAUUACAUAAACAAUCUGAGUUAUUCAGAGGAAAAUUUUGACAAACUAGUGAACCUAAGUUACUACAACAUCCAGAACAACAAGGAUUUGAUUCUUCAGGCCUUGCGUACAGCCGUGGAGCGGAAAAAGCAGCAUAAGGAAGAGCAACCGCUGCAAAAACCACCCGAUGGGGAUGGUAUGUGUGUGCCUGGCAGAGAGGGAACUCAGCAUGUAGCUGACUGCCCAGCACAGGGGAAUAUGAAAUAA